AUGACCGAGCCUAUAGCCAAAACUGCUACGGCUGCGGCUGUGAGGGUAUCCGGGGGUUUCCCCCAGUACUAUAGACACACUGCUCUAGAGGAACACGACGUCGUAUGCAAGUGCCGCAAGCGGGGCCGUCCCGAGGACAUCGGAUCUUGCGAGCUCGGCACGGCUCACAGGAGAUCGGAAGACGCUGACGUGUAUGUCUUCCAGCUACCAUGCCACAUAUCAUUCUUCUGGGGACCCUCGACACCAAGCUUGCAGAGACUCUACCUCUACAACCAGCUGCAGCAGAAUGCCACCCGCUUCGCGACGCCCUUAGAGAUUACCUUGAUUGACUGCGGUCGUCAAGCCAUUACGCACGAUGCUAUCACCAUAGGCCACAUUGACCUACUAUCCAAAUAUGCAUCCGGCGACAGCACUGGGAUAUUGACUCAGUCCCGGGAACAAGUGAUUGAACUCCUCAUCAGCUGCGUUAGUAAGUGUAUCACCGAAUUACUGCAAACGACAGAGAUCCACGGAAUCAUCGGCGCGGGUGGUAGUGGAGGAACCAAUCUCAUCACCGCCGUAAUGAGAAAGGCUGCACCUCUUGGCCUGCCCAAACUAGUCGUCAGCACAGUCGCAUCCGGGGAUACUGGGCCAGUAAUAGGCGAAUGCGAUAUCACUUUGAUGUACUCGGUCGUGGACAUCGCGGGCACCAAUCGGCUCCUCCGCGAAGUGCUGGGGAAUGCAGCCGGCGCCAUGGUCGGCAUGGCAUCGACAUAUCAACAUAGGCUGGCUGAGCGCCGGACCCAGACUGCACAAGACAAGCAGCGAGAAGAGAAGAAGACACGAGUCGAGGUCUAUGUGUUUCAUGCUACUGGUCAUGGGGGGAAGGCUCUGGAACGAUUGGUAGAGGAAGGCCGUCUAGACGCCAUCUUGGACAUUACAACGAUCGAGAUCUGCGAUCUCAUUGCCGGCGGGACUAUGAUUACGGACAUGGUCAACUUUGGUCCGGCCGACACGGUGCCAUUUCAAUACCGUGACCGCAAGCUGCUGGCCCAUAAUCCGAAUAUAACCCUGAUGCGAACUUCUGCGGCAGAAUGUCGGGAAGUCGGGGAGUUCAUUCUCGACAAACUAGACCGGUUUACGCAGCACCCAAGUAUGGUUGAGGUGUGGCUUCCUCGGGGAGGAGUGAGUAGCGUCGGGACAGUAGGGUCAGCAUUUGCAGAUACUGACUCCGAUGCCGCCCUUGCUGAUACUCUACAUUCUGGGCUAAAGGGCAGCGGAAUCCGAGUGGUAUCGGAUGAGCGAGAUAUAAAUGAUGAUGGAUUUACACUUGACAUUGCGGAUCGGCUUAUGGAUCUCGUGGCGCAGCACUCUUGCAGUGCCGCAGCAAGCUAG